UAUGUAUGUGUGUAUGUACCUAUGUACUUUACUUGUACCUACAUCCACCAGAUCCCUCUCUCCACUUGUCAAUUUCCUUUGGAAAAUAUAUCUGUCUGUGAUCAGUUGCUUGACGGUUUGACUGGCGGACUAGGAAAAAAUAAAGACACGAGGACCUACCAAUACGAAAUAAUUGUUAAUUAUACCUCCUCUCAUUUCAAUCAUUCAUUUCCUCACUUACAUACAUACACCCAAGACAUUCGCUUCUCUUUUCAGUAUCAACAACAUCCAUUUAUGGAAGAAUAAACACUCGCAUUCCCCGAGAAUUGGUUUUGGCGCAUUUUUGUCGCAAAUUUACCCAUCAACAUAAUUAAAAAUGGAUCGGUCAAAUACUCCUUCGAUGCCUCCAAUGUAUUCAGAAACGUAUCCAGAAGAAAUAUACCCAGAAGAAUACGAUCCCAUACCUGCAGGUCAUAAUCGCCAUGGCUCCGAAAUUCGUUUGUUGACUUCCUACGAUGAUCCCGAUACCCGUCCGUAUGUAGCACCACUCGCACCGCGAGCUCUUAAUUUAUCUCCCAGGAAACCCCUCACAGCCGUAACUGUGACGACUCCCGAGCUUCUAGCGUCUCUCAAGGAAGAAGAGGAAGCCAUCUCAUCUUGCAAGUUGCAAAAGGAAAAGAAGAUACUGGAUAGUUCAACGAUGAAUGCCAAUGACCCCAACGAUAUCGCGCAUCUGUUGCCAGUUCUUCCGGAUGGUCCUUCGCGCAGAAGAUCUCUCAGAUUCCCGGUUUCCUCUCCUUUGUCUACUUUGGAAUCUCAAUUGAAAAAUAAAAAUAUAAAUGGCUCACUUGUUAAAAAUCUUAGGACUUCCUCGGAUCGCAGAUCUUACCAAGCUUCGGUUAUGUCCACGGAUUCAUACGAUGAUCAUAGAAGAGCUCCGUCGAUAAACACUUAUGAUGAUCAUAGGAGGCCUCCAACUGCAACCACAUAUGAUGACCAUAGAAGACCUCCGACAGCAACUACAUACGACGAUCAUAGAAGGCCGCUGACAGCAACUACUUACGACGACCAUAGAAGACCGCCGACAGCAACUACAUACGACGACCAUAGAAGACCGCCGACAGCAACUACAUACGACGACCAUAGAAGACCGCCGACAGCAACUACAUACGACGACCAUAGAAGACCUCCAACUGCAACCACAUAUGACGAUCAUCGAAGAGCUCCUUCAAUUAUAGAUAACGCCCCAGAUUUACCUCCUCCCGAAAGCGCAUACCGUCCAUAUUCCCCUCUACAAUAUUCACCAUCAGGUCGGGCCUCCCCAGCACGGACUUGGUCUCCAACGAGAGAAAGGAAUUCUUCCGAAUUCACUGCACCGCCCCCAAUGGGUUAUCAUUACGAACCAUCUGACCUAAAUGGAAGCCCAAGGCCUGGCACACCUUCGACAUCUUAUGGUGGAAGUCCAAGAAGACCAUUACCUCCUGCUCCUCUAUUUGCGCCUAAUGGAGCUCGGUCGCCAUUCGGAGAUGACGCGACGAUUCACAUACCACUCGAGCAUGAAGAUGAGGAAUAUCUAGAUGAUGAUGUUUUUGCGCCGGAAAAUCCAGACUUUAAAUUUAGGGGAGGAACUAUGAGAUCAAGGCUAUCAUACUCCACUCUUGCCGAUGAUAUGGCAAGUGCCAAGGAUUAUGAACAUUAUGGACCAGCUCCUUCAGGAAAGCAAGAACGAAGGGGUGCUAAUAGGACGACUCAAAUGAAGAAACGAGAGGUUAAGCUCAUUAACGGAGAGCUUAUUUUGGAGUGUAAAAUUCCUACUAUUCUUUAUAGUUUCUUACCUCGAAGAGAUGAAGUCGAAUUCACACACAUGCGAUAUACAGCCGUUACAUGUGAUCCGGAUGAUUUUGUUUCAAGAGGAUACAAAUUACGUCAAAAUAUGGGAGCAACCGCGAGAGAAACCGAACUUUUUAUAUGUAUAACCAUGUACAAUGAGACGGAGAUUGAUUUUACGAGAACCAUGCAUGCUGUUAUGAAGAAUAUCUCUCAUUUUUGUUCUAGAUCUAAAUCUAGAACUUGGGGAGAAAAUGGAUGGCAAAAAAUUGUUGUUGCCAUCAUUUCGGAUGGAAGACAAAAAAUUCAUCCACGAACACUUGAUGCUCUAGCUGCAAUGGGUGUAUAUCAAGAUGGAAUUGCCAAAAAUUUGGUUAAUGGUCGAGAAGUACAAGCUCACGUGUAUGAAUACACAACCCAAGUCUCCUUAGAUUCAGACCUUAAAUUUAAAGGUGCUGAAAAAGGAAUUGUUCCUUGUCAGAUGCUAUUUUGUCUCAAGGAGAAGAAUGCAAAGAAGUUGAAUUCUCAUCGUUGGUUCUUUAAUGCUUUUGGAAGAGCUCUCACACCGAAUAUUUGUAUCAUGUUGGAUGUGGGUACGAAACCUGGAGGCAAUUCAUUAUAUCAUUUAUGGAAAGCUUUCGAUACUGACUCUAAUGUUGCUGGUGCCUGUGGCGAGAUUAAAGCUAUGAAGGGAAAGGGAUGGUUAGGACUUCUUAAUCCUUUGGUGGCUUCUCAAAAUUUCGAAUAUAAGAUGUCGAAUAUUCUGGAUAAACCUAUCGAGAGUGUGUUUGGUUAUAUUACCGUCUUACCUGGUGCAUUGAGUGCAUACAGAUAUCAUGCUUUGCAGAAUGAUCAUACGGGUCAUGGUCCUUUAAGUCAGUAUUUCAAGGGAGAAACUUUACAUGGUCAAAAUGCAGAUGUCUUUACUGCGAACAUGUAUCUGGCUGAAGAUCGUAUUUUGUGCUGGGAAUUGGUUGCUAAGAGAGAUGAAAGAUGGGUUUUGAAGUAUGUGAAGGGAUGUACUGGAGAGACUGAUGUGCCGGGUAAGUUUAACUACUUUUAUCUCUCUGAUAUUUACUGACCUCUUCUAGAUACCGUUCCUGAAUUCGUAUCCCAAAGAAGAAGAUGGCUCAAUGGAGCUUUCUUUGCAGCUGUUUAUUCUUUGGCUCAUUUCAGACAAGUAUGGCAUACAGAUCAUACCCUCGGACGAAAGGUUCUUCUUCAUAUCGAAUUCAUCUAUCAAUUCAUUCAACUUCUCUUCACCUACUUCUCUCUGGCCAACUUCUACCUCACAUUCUACUUCAUUGCUGGUUCUCUGUCUGUUCCGGAUAUGGAUCCAUUCGGCCAUAAUAUCGGAAAAUAUAUAUUCUACAUUUUAAAAUAUGUCUGUGUUCUACUUACGGCAACACAAUUCAUUCUAUCUAUGGGAAAUCGACCACAAGGAGCACGAAAAUUAUAUUAUAUGUCCAUGAUCAUUUAUUCGGUAAUCAUGGUAUACACGCUUUUCUCAACCAUUUAUAUCGUCUACCGGGAAGUUCAUGAUAACGCCGGUAGUCUCAAACUAGGCAAUAAUCUAUUCACCAAUCUUGUCGUUUCUCUCUGCUCAACACUUGGUCUCUACUUCCUCAUGUCAUUCCUCUAUCUAGAUCCUUGGCAUAUGUUUACCAGUUCCGGUUCCUAUUUCGCCCUCCUUCCGAGUUACAUUUGUACGCUCCAAGUAUACGCCUUUUGCAAUACUCACGAUGUUACAUGGGGAACCAAAGGAGAUAACGUCAUGUCCACUGAUCUCGGUGCGGCUUCUGGAAAAGGUCAAACGGUCGAACUCGAAAUGCCAUCGGAACAACUCGAUAUUGAUUCCGGUUAUGAUGAAGCUCUUCGUAACUUACGUGAUCGACUCGAAGUUCCCAUUCCUCCCAUCUCGGAAUCUCAACAACAAGAAGAUUACUAUAAAUCUGUUCGUACGUACAUGGUUCUCGUUUGGAUGAUUGCGAAUGGAAUUUUGGCAAUGGGUGUUAGUGAAGCAUAUGGAGCGAGUCAUCUGGGUACGAAUUAUUACUUGACAUUUUUACUGUGGGCCGUGGCGGCUCUGGCACUCUUUAGAGCGGUUGGUAGUAGUGCGUUUGGAAUUAUUAAUUGUAUUGAGGCAAUUGUGGAGGGAAGGAUUAGAUUAACGAUGAAGGUUCCCAGGUGGAUGGGUGGAUGGAGUAGUAAGAUUAGUGAUGGGAUUAGUAGUGUUGGGAGUGCGGUUAAGAGGGGUUAGCUAUAGGGUGGAAUUUUUGUUUCUUUUGAUUGAUUUGGAUGAGGAGUGGGAAAUUUGGGGUAAGGAGAGUAAGAAAGGAAUGAUUAAUAUAUAAAAGGAGGUGCGGAAAAUGAGGAAUAGAUGUGAUGAUAAAGUGAAGAAGAAGAGGAAGAAGAAGGAGGAGGAGGAGAGGAAAAGAAGAAUUGUUUUGAUACCACGGGAUACCGAUACCCUUAUACCAUGGAAGGAUAUACCUCGGAUUAGGAAAGGGAUGGUUGGUUGGAUGCUUGGAUGGCUUGGUUGGUUGAGGGAUGGUUUGGAGGUUUUUAUGAUAUGAUAUGUUUUGAUUCGAUUCGAUUCGAUUGAUGUAUGCUUGUUUGCUUGUGGGCUUGGUGGCUUCAGGCAUUUACUUGGCAUAUUGGGAUGAAGGUGUUUCUGCUUCUGCUUCUUGUUUUUAUUUUAAUGAUGAUUUGAUGGUUUGAUGUUUGGAUUUGUGGUUUGGGGAGGGGAGGAGAAGGGAAAGGGAUGGAAGGGAAACGAGAGGAUGGGAUAGAAUGUGAUGGGAUAAGAUGUGAUGUGAUGUCAUGUCAUGAGAUGAAAUAAAAAAUGAAAGAAGAGAUGUUAUGAUAUUUAUAUAUGUGUAUAUGUAUGUUUAGAUUGAUGUCAGUACUUAUACUGAUACUGAUAUUGAUGUUUUUGAGGAUUUGGAGCGGGAGAUGAAGAAAAGGAAAGGAAGGUUAAAACAAAGAAAAUUAAUUUUCAUUCACUUUAAUAAUCUAGCUUUAUAAACAAAUAGAUUUUUCAUAUAGUA